GCAUCCAUCCACUCGGCGGCGGGCGGCGCCAAAAUCAAUCAAUCCGCGAUUGGCGUUUCCCUCUUCCCCUCCUUCCUCCCUACGCCUCUUCAUCACACACCUUCAUGCCGCCCCUCUACUCCUUCGCGGUCCUAACCGUAUCGGAUACAUCCGCUUCUUCUGGCCCUUCGACAGAUACGUCUGGCCCGCACAUUCGGCGCACACUUGAAUCUCAUCCCAGCGAUAGCUUUCGAUGCAGCGUCCAUGCGAUUGUUCCUGAUGAUGAGGGCGAGAUCAGGGGGAAGGUCGAGGAGUGGAUCGAUGAGAUGGGGGUAGAUUUGGUCGUGACGACGGGUGGGACUGGAUUUGGGGUGAGGGAUACCACGCCCGAGGCCAUCCAACCUCUCAUCACCCGCCCGACCCCAGCCCUCACGCAUGCCCUCACGGCCCACUCCCUCAGCAAGACACCCCUUGCUGCCCUCUCGCGCUCCAUCAGCGGGAUACGCACUCGUGGUGGCAAGGGCGGCUCGGGCUCGGGCUCAGGCUCGCUGAUCGUCACGCUUCCCGGCUCCAAGAAGGCCGUAAGUGAAUGCCUCGAGGUAUUGCUGGAAAACGGCGUCCUGCUCCACGCCUUGGAGCUCUGCACGGGUAAGGGUAGUGGAAAGGAGACUCAUCGCCAAUUGCAGGGUGGACAGCACGAUAGGCACGCACACGCACACGCACAUGCACACGGGACAGAGACGGACACGGGCGGGGCACGAUCGCACCACCAUCAUCACCACCACGGAGGCGGGGGACAUCAUCCUCCUCGUCCUCGCACCACGCAAGCCCAACGGGACGCUGCAGCCUCUCGUUUCCUCACCCCGCACGACGCCUCCUCGCCGCACUCCCUUGCCUUGCGUGCCCGCCAGUCCCCAUAUCCGAUCAUCGAGCUGGACGACGCACUGCGGCUGAUCGCUACGCAAGCGCCUGAAGCGAGCGCAGUGGUAGAGCUGCCCGUCAACCCCGAGCUGGUGGGUCAUAUCAUCGCGGAGGACGUGAGGGCACCCAGUGAUCUACCGCCUGCUGCGACGAGCAACGUGGAUGGUUAUGCCGUUCGAGCCGGCGAAACGGGGGAAGAGGAAUACGAAGUUGUCAUUCCAGGUCGAACCAAACAACUUGCACACGGCUCGCAGGUAUGCCGCGUCAAUACUGGUCAGGCACUUCCAGCGGGCACGGACUCGGUGGUAAUGGUCGAGGACACGACGCUCAUUUCCACCCACGAGCUGGAGGACGGCAGAGUCGAGGAAUCUCGAGUGCAGGUGCUGGCCCAGGUCGACAAGGGGGAGAAUGUCCGAGCAGCAGGAUCCGACGUAAAGCAGGACCAGGUUGUGUUGCGCGCGAACACACCCAUCACCUCUCUAGGCGGGGAGGUGGGGACGCUUGCCUUCCUCGGGCUGCAAAAGGUCAAAGUCUGGAAAAAGCCAAGAGUCGCCGUCCUCUCCACGGGCGAGGAGCUUCGAGACAUUCAUGCUCAGAGUUCAAAGAUGGAAGGAAGCUCCAGCGCAAACGCGAGCGGCUGGUCCCACUCCUCGUACGACACCAAUCGUCCCUCCCUCCUCACAUCGCUCAACGCGCUAGGCUACCCGACCCUCGACCUAGGCAUCGUGCGCGACGACCCACCCAGCGCACUUCUCGAAGCCAUGCGCCGCGGCUUGGCCGAAGCAGACGUCCUGAUCACAACGGGCGGGACAAGCAUGGGGGAGUCGGACUGGAUCAAGCCGCUACUGGAGCGGAGCGAGGGUCUACUCGCACAAGGGGAGGGCGAACAGGGCAGGGCACAAGUGCACUUUGGGCGUGUGAGCAUGAAGCCCGGCAAACCGACCACAUUCGCCACCAUUGCAGGGGGAGAAGGAAGGAGGAAGAAGGUCAUCUUCGCCCUCCCCGGCAACCCGGCAAGCGCCCUUGUCUGCUUCUACGUCUUUGUCCUGCCGGCGCUGAGGAAGAUGGCGGGACUGGUGCCGCGCGAGCACGAAGCCCAAGGAGUGCAAGAGGAGGGAAAGGGCCAGCAAGUGCCGAACCCCUGGUCCCUUCCCAUGGUGCGCGUACGACUAGCUCACGAGUUCGCCUGCGAUGGGUCGAGACCGGAGUUCCAUCGCGUACACAUCGCCGCGGCGAGCGAGCAACGAGGAGGAAGCGCACUUCUCCCCUCCGCCGCCGAGUCUGGAUCUUCGCUCUCGCUCCCGGUCUUGACUGCUACUUCGACGGGCAAACAGCGUUCCUCUGGCAUGCACUCUAUGAGCGGGGCCAAUGGAUUCGUCUUCGUUCCCUCGACCAAGCAGCUGGCAGGCGCGGGAAUGGGGGAGGGAGUCAAGAAGCUGGAGAAGGGGACGGAGAUGUGGGGAAUGUUGCUUGGCGGGUUGGAGAUAUAGGAGUAGCAGGCGAAAGAGGGAAGGAGAGGAGAAGGGUCGACGCGAGGAGGCGAGGUAACUCGGGACAAUCCGAUCUAUCUUGAGCGCAUCGCAUCGCACGGCAGCGCUCCACAGCGCCUCGAACAUCCAGUCCCCGCUGAGCGCAUCGUGAAUCGUGCUCCAUCCGCUGACAUCCCGCCCGACCGCAAGAAGCACUUCAACAAGCAGGAUAGGCCGCAUCGUUGAUAAGAGAGCAGAAGCAGGAAUUCAAUGCGAAAGCCAGGGUUGCCGAAACUUGCCUCAAAGGGGACGUGCGUUCUUGGUGGUGGUGUGUUUUG